GUAAUUUGCUGCUAGUAUUAUCAAAAUUCCAACAAUAUCUAGGGCUCAUAAGUUGAGAGGAUGGUGAAGGAUGAAGAUUGCUGUGCCACGCAUCUCAUCGACGGCGACGGCGAAUUCAAUGUUGCAGGGGUCGACAGCUUCGUAAAGAAAGUUAAGCUCGCUGAGUGUGGGAUCUACUAUGUGGUUGUUGCCAUCAUGGGUCCUCAGAGUAGCGGAAAGAGCACAUUACUGAACCAUCUCUUCCGCACUAACUUCAGAGAGAUGGAUGCAUGCGAUGGAAGGAGCCGAACAACCAAGGGAGUUUGGAUAGCCAAGUGUGUUGGCAUUGAGCCUUGCACCAUCGCCAUAGAUUUGGAGGGCACUGAUGGUAGGGGAAGAGGGGAGAAUGUUACUUUCGAGAAGCAAAGCGCUCUAUUUGCGCUUGCAAUUUCAGACAUUGUGCUCAUAAAUAUGUGGUGCAAUGAUGUUGGUCGGGAGCAUGCUGCGAACAAACCUUUACUAAGAACAGUUUUUGAGAUGAUGAUGCGCAUAUUCAGCCCCCGUAAACGGACGCUACUAUUUGUCAUACGUGAUACGUCACUAAAGACCCCAUUCGAAAAGCUAGAGUUUAUUUUAAGGGAAGAUAUUCAAAAGAUAUGGGAUGCAGUUGCGAGGCCUCAAGCGCAUAAGUCCACCUUGCUCAGUGACAUUUUUAAUGUGGAAGUAGUUGCUUUGUCCAGUUAUGAAUACCAGGAGGAGAAGUUUAUUGAGGAGGUUGCUCAACUGAGGCAGCGUUUUUCCAAUACUAUUUCACAAGGAGGGCUUGCUGGUGAUAGAAGUAGUGUUAUCCCUGCCUCUGGAUUUUCUCUUAGUGCCCAGCAGAUUUGGAAAGUAAUCAAAGAAAACAGAGAUUUGAAUCUUCCUAAUCACAAGGUUAUGGUUGCCACCAUUCGUUGUGGAGAGAUUGCCACCCAGAAAUUCAAUCAGUUGAUGGAAAAUAGGGAUUGGUUAGCAUUGCAACAAGUAGCUGCCCAAAGUGGUCCUGUACAAGGUUCUGGUAAAAGGCUUAGAUCAAUUCUCGACGCCUAUCUUUCUGAAUAUGAUAUGGAGACCAUGGACUUUGACGAAGGUGUAAGGAACUCAACAAGAAAACAACUGUUGGAGUCAAAAGCAUUUUAUCUUGUCCACGCUGCGUAUGCUACUAUCCUUGAACACCUGCGUUCCCUUGAAGAGUUUAAGGUGAAGCAGUCAUUUAACGAAGAAGGAUUAUUUGAUUCAUCUGCUAGCACUAGUACAACAAGUUUUGAGGCUUCCAUGCCUAAGUUUAGGCAAGGAUGUGCAGAUGCCACCAUGCAGAAGGCUAAUUUGGAUUCUUCAAUCGUUGGGAAAAAACUUCUAUGUGAUAAAGAUGCAGAUGCAUCUCAUAGCGCCAAGUUGUCAGAAUUGAAAGUCAAGUAUGAGAACCAACUUUCCACCUCUUUAACUGAAAAGGUCGAUGAGGCUCUUCUUGAAGAUGGUGGAAAAGACGUUUGGGCUCUAAUAAGAGACAUGCUUAAGUUUGAGGUUGCAAAUGCAAUAUCAACGUUUUCAACUGAACUAGAUGGAUUUCAGUUGGAUGAGGAAACAAUUUCGAAAAUGAAGCAAAAUUUAAUGAACUGUGCAAGAAAUGAGGUGGAGAAAAAUGUAAGAGGCAAAGCUGAUGAGGUUUUGACCCUCAUGAAAAAACGGUUUGAAAGCGUCUUCAACUAUGAUAGUGAUUUAAACCCUAGGGUUUGGGCAAAAAAGAAAGUAAUUAAAACUGCUACCAAGGAUGCCCAUUCUGCUUCUCUUAAGCUUUUAGCAGUUUUGGCUGUCAUUCGCUUAAAUGAGAUGCAAGACGAUAUUGAAAACGUUCUAUUUUCUUCUUGCCUCAAGAAGGAAAAGAAGAAAAAAGACUCUAUAGAUCCUCUGGCCUCAAGGACUUGGAAUGAGGUCUCUUCAGAGGAUACCCUAAUCACACCACUUGAGUGCAAGAAGUUGUGGAAUCAGUUCAUAAAAGAGACUAAACAUCAUGUCCAGGAAGCUAACAAAGAACUGAAGGCUAGAAACAAGUGGUUGUGUUCUUUGAUGAAGACGGUGCCAGAAGUGAUAGGAUUGGUUCUUACUGCAUUUGCAUGUGCAGCAGAAAGGGUAGACUCGACUCGACCGGAUUCGAUGGGCUAAAUGAUGCACCCCAUUCAAUUUGCGGCUUUGUAUAUAGGGUUUAUGUCAUUUUACAUUGCAUUUAUGUUCAUUUGCCGACGCUACCAAAAAAACGGCAGUAGUUACUUUAUUUUGCGUGUUACAAUUUGAGCGUUUGUUACAUAUACCUUGGUGACUUUUGCUGCAAUU